CACGCGGUAAAUACUAGGAGCGUGUAACAUGCUAUUAUAUUAUUUGUGCUUACGAGUCAGUUACAUGAUAGCUUCAAUUUUGAAAAAUUCAUUCUUUGUGAGAAAAUACGAUGGAUUAUAAAGAGGAACAACGAAAUGAAAUCGAGGCUUUGGAAUCGAUUUACUGUGGAGAAUUGGAAAUCUUAAGUAUAAAACCAUUCUAUUCAUUUGCUAUACCAAUCAAGACAGAGGAAUAUGAAGCUGAAACAGAUAAUGGACUAAGCUGUAGAUUAGAAUUUACUUAUACUUCAAAAUACCCAGAUGAACCCCUUGUAGUGUCUAUUCAAGAUCCAGAGAAUUUUGAGAAAGGUAGCGGGGAGAAAUUGAAAGAACAUUUGGUCGAACAAAUGAACGAAAAUCUAGGAAUGGUAAUGGUCUUUACAUUAGUUAGCGCAGCACAGGAAUGGAUGAAUGUACAAUGGGAUAAAAUCAAAUUGCACAGAGAAGAGUCAGCUGCUUUGAAAUUAAAAGAAGAGGAAGAAGCUGAAAGAAAAAGAUUUGAAGGAACUAGAGUUACCGUAGAAACCUUUCUGAGUUGGAAGGAAAAAUUUGACGAAGAAAUGGGAUAUACCAAGAGAAGAGAAAUGGCAGAUCGAGAGGGAAAAAAAUUAACUGGAAAAGAAUUAUUUAUGACUGAUAAAACUUUGGAUCAAUCUGACCUCAAAUUCUUGGACGAUGUGGAUGCAGUGAAGGUAGAUGAAAGCUUAUUUCAAAAUUUGGAUGAUCUUGAUUUGGAAGACGACGAUGACGACGAUCCCGAUUUUGAUCCUAACUCUUCUUAUGAGAGUGCCUAAAGAAAUGCAAACUCAUUACUAUUUAUUAAGUGCUUAUUGUCUUUUAAAUGACCAUCGAGAAGUUCGUACGACUUACUAAAUGUUCGAACUUAAAAUUAAAACAUUAAUAUAAUCGAUAUUUAAUGAAUUUUAAAAAUUAAGUAUCAAACUGAAGAUAUAUGUUUAAGAUAAAUUUUUUCUAAAAUGAUCGGUGCUGUUCCCGUAAUAUAUUCAACGGUUGAUGUAAGGAAGAAUUAUUAUAAUUAACGAUUAAUAUGAGAGAAAGACGGUUUGUCGAAUGAUCGAAAUAAUUUUUAUAAGUAUGUAAAUAGACACUUUUGUUCAUAAAAUAGAUCACGUAAAAGUUUUGUUUAGUAAA